GGCUAUUCCAGAGAGGAAGUUCUCAGUUUCUGAAGAAUAUGGUUCUGAGAGAACAAGACAAAGUAAAUGUGUCUAUAUUUUUCAAAGAGAAUAUGCAACUGUUGACCCUGCCCUUGUGGAUGUAUGUUCAUGUCUUUACUUUUUCAAGCAAGUACUUUUUUAUGCUCAGACAUGUGAUUUAAAUUUUACAGUACAGUAUCCUUUUUUUUUUUACUAGUUUAUUUGCCCAUUGCUAUCUAUGCUGACACUCCUAUUAUGAGUUAGUUCCCACCAACCUGAGGUCCUAAGCCUUUAUCUAUUAUCAUCAGUUGGACUAAUUGAUUAUCUUGUUGAGCAACACCAUAUUCUUCGGUCCACCUCAAUAAAUCCAAUAAGCUGCAAAUUUCUUGAUGGACAUGGUAAAAGGUAGUAUAUGCUUGACAAACACUUUGUCUCCAAAUUUGACUCCAUCAAGGGAAUUGUCAUGCUGUUGGGGUUGUUCCUCAGCUUUUCAGGCAAGUUAGUUGGCACUGAUGAAGCAACUACCUGUGUGGGCCUUGUCCUACGUAACCGCAAAAGUGGAAUGACCUCUGUUUCCCAUAUGGAUUUUCCAAAUGUUGUUGAUAUCGGCCUCACCCAGAUGUUAUCUUUAGUUGUGGAUCAUGACGCUGAUACCGAGUUGGAUGUGCAUCUUAUUGGUUCUUUUAACGAUGCCUUACCUCAACAUGCCGAUAUUGGUACUAGAUCAGAGAGCCAUUCAAAGUUGGACAGGCACUCCUUUCGUCUGUGUAUGAAGAUAGUUGAAAUUUUGCAAAGGAGGAGGGAAAAAUUUCACAUUCAAACUCUACAUGUUCUUGGGCAUAACACCGGAUGGAAUUCGGAAGGAAAUGCAGUCCCUGUUUUUAAUGGUUUCUUGGUAGAAACUUCUACUGGAUCUAUCAUUCCAGCCAGUUUCGAUAGAACUUCAAGAUGUCCAGAUGAAAUUGUUAGGAGGAUCCGAGUGAUGGCAUCCUUCGGGGAUCCCAGUUGGAAGGGCAGAUUACUAGAUACAUAUAAUACUCACACUGACCAGUUCAUUAUUGCCCCAUGCUCUUGGACCAUGAGCUUAUCACACAGUGCUCUGGCACUGCGAGACCUCUCUGAUUCAGAAAUCCUCCUAAAUUGUUCUACUUCACCUUCUGCUGAGGGCCCAGAUUUUGUGGAUAACGAGAGAAGGAUAUGGGACUAUUUGAUUCAACACCCAGACUGGAGAGAUACCUUUCCAAUGAAGCAGCCACAUAUAUUUGCGAGGUCUGCUGAUGGAGGUUGGAUGAGGCAAUGAGUAAUAAUAUCACAAGGUUUUUCUUUGUGGAACUUCAAAUUAAAUUUCAUCACUUAGUAUAUUAGUUCCAUUCUGGAAGUAAUUCUUUGGUAGUGAUGAUUAUUUUGGAGCUAAAUACAUACUGCUUUCCUAUAUGUAUAUGGACCAUAUUUCAAAUAUUUGCCCUGAAGUAGGCAGAUGGCAUGGCAAGAUUGAUUGUGUUGGGUAGUUCACGAGUUAAGAUUCUCAGCUCACAUUUGGUUUUGUCCUGGAGGAAUGAACCAUAUAAAUAAUUAAAGGGCAAAUGCUGUGCACGAGGCUCCUGCAAUUGCGGAGUCUGGGGAGGGUCAGAUGUACGCAGCCUUACCUUCGCAUGUGGAGAUGCCGUUUCCUUGUUUCGAACCCAUGACCUAUAGGUCACAAUGAAAUAACCUUACUAUUGUAAUAUAGUUCAACCAUAGAAAUAAUUGAAUCAGCUUAAUUAUCUCACCAUACUUCCUCCCCUUAUUGGGAUUUGAGAUGCGUUUACGAUACUUUUUUUUUUUUAGUGACUGCAUUGAACUAUGGUUUCUCAUGGAAGGUAUCUUAAUGAUAAAUUGAUAAUGGCUGUGUGUGGCUCAUGGCAUGAGUA